AAUUAUUUGCGUUCUGCAUAAACAAAAAAGAUCGAAAAUCGCAUGAUAUUACCCAUAAUGCAGCCGAUAAAAUGGUAUAUGUUUUAGUGGUCAGAAUUUGUUUUAACGUCAAUAAAUUUUACGUUUGUUUUUGAUGGUUGCAGCACCAUUCUUUUCUGUUUUGAAAUGCUACAAGCUGGAAGUGAAUUUGCUGUACAACAUCUCUCAAGACCAAGGCGUGGUAAUCUCUCAGUUAAACCAUAUCUCCGCUGUAGCAUCAUUGAACACAAAGUUCAAACAAGGCCUAGAUUCUAAGACUGAUUGCAAGUUGGUUAUAUUGUCAUCAGCACUCUAUAAUAUAUCAAGACUUGACGAAGAUUAUGUCAGCUUACGAGGAUCCUUCACAUUCAGUUUGAAGUCAUCGGAUGACACGCCCGAUGAUGACGUAGCGCGAACAUUGAAGAGGUGUCUCCAAGAGUUUCAAAGCUCGCAAUUUGUAGACAGUCUGAGAAGUUCAAGCUUUCAGUUAUUUCAGGGUUUCUACAACACGUAUGUACAGAACAUCAUAGAGAUAAAAGAGCAUCAAUCUUGUUGUGGGGCUAUUCCUCCACCAUGUUGCCCUGGUAACGCCAUUAAAAAGUCCCGAGUCAAAUGUGCUCCGUUAUCAUUUGAGAUGAGUUAUUCAAACCAAACACGAGUGACACUCGAUAGCAAGUUAACAGCGUCAUGUUUCGCAUCAACUGAGGCAAACGCGAAAAUCGUUUGGCGAAGAAAUGGAAACACCAUUCAAACCACUGGGACUACUUUAAACCAAACACUUAUUAUCGAUUGUUGUAAAGUUAGUAAAAAAGACAACGACACGACCCGACCUGAACCGAACUGA